AAAGGAAUGACCGCUAAGUCAUGACCACUUGUCAGAACAGUAACACACAUCAUUUCCAAAAUCAUUAUAUUAAUAAAUAAUUGUCAUCUUUCGUGUUUUCUCUUCAUCACGAAAACACAAAUGAAAAUUCCCCUCUUUUAAAACCCAGAAGAAAGAUUGUAUAAACCAAAAAGAGAGCAAAAACGUUGGUGAUGUCAUCUUCCCGAUGGACGUUGAUGGAUCUACCGUCGUACCUGUCUUCACCGUGGGUGUUCCGGUGGCCGGAGGUGAACCUAUCAUACCUGAGCUCCGGCUGGAACAUGAGACUGUUGUCGUUGUCGGGUAAUUUUUCGAUCAUCGAUGAUCUGUUGUGGAGUUUGAUCUCGGUUGUUGAAUCUAUGGCUAUUGUAGCUACGCUAUGUUGCUACUUCUUGUUUUGUGGUUGUACCCUCUGAUUAUUCUUUUUUGUCAUUAUUUAAUUUUCUUAACUUUUGUUGCGAAUUUAGUUGCCAAAUAAAAUCUCUGUAAAUAAAAUAAAUAAUGAAUUUCGUGACAAUU